AUGCCCCCGACACAUAGUGGACCUGGUGCAGUGCCGCACAGCCUACCGCCUCAUCAUUCUGUGUCUCACCAACCCCACAGCCAACAGGCACCUCCACCGGGACCACCACCAAAUGUUGGUCGACAGUGGGGUGGCCCUCCAACACAAGCAGCUGCUCCUCCUCCACAGUACGAAGAAUCGGGCGAAAAUUCAUAUGACACCUGGAGACAACAACAAGGUCCGCCCAGACAGCAAGGUGAUGGAUAUUAUGGAAGCAACAACCAGGACUACGAUAGGGGCAGGGACAGCAGAGAGGGCAGAGAUGGCAGGAAAUGGUGGCGGACCUAUAAGAGGCGGUUCAAGAGGGCGAGGAAGGGGACGUGGGCGUCCGUAUUAAUUACCUUACAAGCAACUGUUUACUGGUUGUUCAGCAUUUCAUUAGUAUACAAUGAUUCUGAGUUGUUUUGUUUGAUGUGUGGUUGA